AUGAGCUGCUACGCGGCCUACUCCCUGAUGUACGACACCCACAAGUCAUGGUACUCCUGGGUGCUGGGCUCGCUGGUGGGGGCCGUCUACACGUUCGGGUUCAUCCUCAUGUGCCCCCAGCUGUACCUCAACUACAAGCUCAAGUCCGUGGCCCACCUCCCGUGGCGCCAGAUGACCUACAAGUUCCUCAACACCAUCAUAGACGACCUCUUCGCCUUCGUCAUCAAGAUGCCCACCCUGCACCGCCUCAGCGUCUUCCGCGACGACAUCAUCUUCCUCAUCUUCAUAUACCAGCGCUGGAUCUACCGCGUGGACAAGACCCGCGUCAACGAGUUUGGCUUCAGCGCGGAGAUGGAGGAGGAGCGCGCCCGCGCACACGCCAACGGCACCGCCGCCGGCGCGGUCGCAGGCGGCGCGGGCGCGGCCACGGCCGCGCUGCCGGCCGGCGAGGGCGAGGGGGCGCAGCAGCAGGAGGGCGAGGGCGGUGCGCGGCGGCGGAAGCCCGCGGCAGCGGCGGCUGCGGCAGAGGCUGCGGGCGAGGGCGAGGCGGCUGCGGCGAAUGGUGGCGAGAGCAGAAAGGACCUGUGA